CACGCCCCUUGUGUGUGUCUUUUCUGGUUAUGGCUGCUGCUAGAUACCUGCUGAUCUGCUGAUGUUAUCAUUAUCAGUCCCUAUAGAGGCUCCGAGAAUAAAGAGGGCUUUGGAUUCCAGGAGAAAAUGGAAUGCUUAGAAAAGGAAUCCAAAAAGCUUUGUGGGCAUCCAGCGAUGGAAGAUUCCCAGUCCCCAAUAUCUCCAGAUUACGCAACUAGGAGGUCGGAAAUUGUGAUUAAGAUCAAACAAGAAGAUGGUUCCUAUGAGACUGAAGAUCUGCAGAAUGAGGAGAGUAAAAAUACUCCAGAGGACAGCUCAGGAUUUGCUUCUGUGAAGCCUGAAAUAAUUAUUAAAAUGGAACCAGGAGAUGAAGAAUAUAUAGGAUGCGGCCAGCAGUCAGAAGAGAGAAAUCGCACCCCAGGGACCAGUCCUGAUCGAUCUGUGAGCAGUGGAACUCUUGAAGGGUCUCAUUCUUCCGCUUCGUCCCAAGACUCCAUGAGCGUGAUGCAGAAUUACAGUGGCACAGAAAGGCUGCAUUACUGCUGUAGGUGCGGGAAAGGUCUUCCUUGUAACGCAGAUCUUACGGAACAUUUGAAAACGCACACGGGAGAAAGACCAUUUCCAUGCUCCGAAUGCGGCAAACGUUUUUAUAAAAGGUCCAAUCUGGAACAGCAUCAGAAGAUCCACACUGGCGAUAAACCAUUUGAGUGUUCACAGUGCAGUAAAUGUUUUAUCAGUAAUGCCCAUCUUGUUAGACAUCAGGUAACCCACAAUGAAAAGACUCCGUUUAUCUGCUCAGAAUGUGGGAAAACCUUCUCAAGGAAUUCUACUCUACUUCAGCAUCGGAGAGUUCACGAAGUCAAGAAACCUUUUCCCUGUGCUGUCUGCGGCAAAGAAUUCACUCAAAAGUCAGACCUUGUGAAGCACACAAGAAUUCACACGGGAGAGAAACCGUUUGGCUGUGGGGAAUGUGGGAAAUGUUUUAAUCUCCGGUCUAGUCUCGUAAAACACGAGCGGACUCACACCGGGGAGAAACCGUUCGCGUGUCCCGAGUGCUGGAAGCGAUUCAGUCAGAACUCACAUCUGGCCAAACAUCAAAAACUUCACAGAGGAGAGAAGCCGUUUGCCUGUCCCCAGUGUGGGAUACGGUUCAUGAGUAACUCCGAGCUGGCAAGACACACGGUGAUCCAUACAGGAAGCAAACCCUUUUCCUGCUCGGAUUGUGGGAAAUGCUUCAGCUGGAAGUCAUCCCUUGUGGAGCAUCUGAGAAUCCAUACAGGGGAGAAGCCGUUUGGGUGCUCUGAAUGCGGGACGCGCUUUAAGAAGAGGUCGGCCCUUGUUAAACAUCAGAAAACCCAUGCAGUCGAGAAACCGUUUGAUUGCCCUUCAAAUUGAGACUUAAGACUUAAUAUUAGACUUUGAAUAUCUGCAUACAUGUUGUGUUAACAUGGUGCAGCCAUGCAGGGUAUGAUGGUUCUGUAUAAAUCUAAUAAUAACAUAAUUUUGAAACGCUC